AUGAUCUUGGAGGUUCGAUCAAACUCGACGCUGUCGCAAGCGUACCUAGAUGCGAACAUCGGAGACCGCCUAACUGGCGUUGCGGCUGCUAUGCUGCCGAUCACUCUUUUCUUUUUAGCGUUGCGGUUCUAUUCUCGCUCUCUAUCAAGAACACCGUGGGGUCUGGAUGAUGUAUUGGCCGGCGCUGGAGGAUUUGUUGCAGUGGGAUUAUCUGCACUUGCCCUCUGUUUUGUGAAAUAUGGUGGCGUUGGUCGUCAUCUAGAAGCAUUGGCAAUGCAAACACCCAGCAGAGAGCCGAAAUAUUUUAUCUGGCUGCUGGUAGUCUCGACUUACUACUACUCGACAGUCGCCAUCCCCAAGCUAGCCGUUCUGGCACUCUAUGGACGUCUCUGGACCGUGAAUCCAUACAGGUCUAUAAUCCUGAUAUUGGCAGCAGUCAUUACCCUGACUGCUGUGGUAUCUGGUAUCAUGUGUUUGAAUAUGUGUCGGCCAUUCAAGGCUAAUUGGGAUACCUCAAUUGGCACAUGCUAUGACAAACAGGCAUUUUUCCUGUGGGCAUCAUUGCCGAAUAUCAUUACGGACGUGGUCAUGCUUGCGAUGCCUGUCCCCAUUGUCUGGAACUUGAAUGUUACUAUGAAGGUGAAGCUUGGUCUGAUCCUGACGUUUGCAACUGGUAUCCUUGGCCUGGUUACCUCAAUUAUGCGAUUCAUCAUCUUCGCUGAAGGAAACGCUGUGCAGGAUGGGUCGUGGAGUUCCACGGAUCUAAUGGCCUGGAGUGUCGCCGAACCCGACAUCUACCUAAUUAGCGCUUGUCUUCCUACAUUCCGACCUUUAUUGACAAGGAUAUUCGGUCGCGAGGGCUCGACUGCGAAUUCGAAUUCACGAUAUGCGGACCGAUAUGGAGGGUCAGGACCCUCAGCAGGUAAUAAUUCCAAGGGGAACAAUACCGCCUUGGAAUCUGCGAUGUAUGGGGACGAGGUUGGGCUUGUGUCAUUUAUUGGCAAAGAGUCAAAUACGAGUCAGGAUGAGCGUAUAGGUGAUAGUGGCAUCUAUGUAUCACGAGAGGUCAAUGUGCAAGUCAGCAAUCACUAA